AUGGCCGCUGCUUUACAGGGUCACCAGGUACAUCCUGAGGGCCGUACAUGGAAAACCCAUUUUCCGAAGGGAGAUCUCUGGGUAUUUGGAUAUGGGAGUUUGAUCUGGAAACCACCCCCACACUACGACCAACGAGUCCCGGGCUACAUCAGUGGAUACGUGCGGCGCUUCUGGCAGAGCGAUCCAAAACUGACCUUCGCGCGCGUGGCGUUCUAUUUCCAGGCUAGUACCGACCACCGAGGAACACCCGAACAGCCGGGUCGGGUGGUUACUGUGAUCGAACGACAGUUCUGGGAGACUUUGGAUGACCCGCUGGCUCAAUUGGAAUCCGAGUCCGACUCUACUGGCAAGGUAUGGGGCGCGGCGUAUCAUAUUCCCGCUACACACGCUGAGGAAGUACACGACUACCUUGAUGAGCGUGAAAUAGACGGGUACAGUGCUCAUUACACUCCAUUCUAUCCUGUCUCGGGGGACGGGUCUACGGGUGAACUUCCUGGGCAAGAUCUCAUCUGCAUGGUGUAUAUUGGACAGCCUACGAAUCCACAAUUUCUGCGCGAAGAGGCGCAGCGGGAGCCGCAGGAUGUGGCGCAGGUGAUCAGUGCGGGACAUGGGCUUAGUGGGAAGAAUACAGAGUAUCUUUACCUGUUGGAGAAGGCAUUGGAGGGGAUUGGACUUGGGUCUGCGGAUGUUCACGUUACUGAUUUGGUGAAGAGAGUUAAGGCGAUUGAGGCGGAUGGUGAGGGAGAGAGGGAGGAGAGGGAGGCGGAGAUAGAAGUGGAGCAUUCCUUGGCUUCUCAUGAGCAGGUUGCGAAGGGUGAUAACAUUGAGUGA